AUGGUUUGGGUUGAGGUGAAAGCAGUUCCUAUUGACAAAAAAGAACUAGGAAGCAGUGACCAGGGACGCAAAAUGCGUCGAAUUAGUCAACCUGAUGCACUAACGUUUGGUGGUCAUGCACAUCCAACCCUUGAUGUACCCUAUGAGGUGACAGUGAAAGAUAAGAUGUGCUACUAUGCCAUCAGUCUGAUGAAGGCAUAUGAAAAUUACUCAUUUGAAGAACUGCGGUACACAUCACCUGCUGUAAAACGUUCAAGUGAGAAUAUGCUGGUACGCCCAAAUGGUGAUGGUACAUAUAGUGCUACUUGGACUCCAGGAAGUGUUGGUUGGUACUCAGUCCUUGUAACCAUUGAUGGUUAUGAUAUGGAGGAGGCAUAUAAAGUUGAAGUCAAGGAACCACCUCAGGGCAUGACACCACCAACACAGAGUGUAGUGAAAAAGGCACCACAUCAGCCCAGCCGACUCAGGAAAUUUGUUGCUAAAAAUAGUGCUGGGCUGCGAAUCCGUGCUCAUCCUUCUCUACAGAGUGAGCAAAUUGGUGUGGUACACGUAAAUGGAACUAUUGCUUUUGUGGAUGAGAUCCAUAAUGAUGAUGGUGUAUGGCUUCGGCUAAGUCAAGAUACAGUCCAGCAGUACUGUAGCCAUGGGCAUGGUGAGGCAUGGUGCCUUCAGUACAACCAGCACCUAGGGAAGACAUUACUUCUCCCUGUUGAGGAGCCUAAAUCCAUUCUUGACCAAGUUUUUAAAGAAACAAUAAUGAGGAAGUUGCCAGAUGCUGCACCAAAGGAAAUAGCUGUCAAGUCAUCAUCUUGUGGCCCAGGAGAAUACCAAGUGGUAAAAUGCGGAGCAUCAGGUCAUAAUGUUCGAGCACGGCCAAGCUUGAAAGCACCUCCAGUAGGCAUGCUUGUUCUUGGGAACCAAGUCACCGUUAUCAAUCAUGUUGUAAAUGCUGAGGGGACGUGGGUGCAGCUGGACAAGGAAACUAUGAGGAAAUUCUGUUUCAAUACAGAUGGUGAGGCUUGGUCUCUGGCACUCAGCAGAACUGAUGUAAUUUAUCUGAAAAAGGAAGGCCAAGUAGAAAGUGAACAAAUGGAAAUGCAGUCACAUACGACAGAAAAUAUAUUUUCUUCUCCGAAGCGAGGAUUUGAUUUUUCACAAAACACUAGUUCUUCACUCUUUAGUAACUCAGAGGGAGCAGGAUUCAACUUUGCCUCACCAUUACCAUCAAGCAAGGAUUCAUCUGCUCCUGGAUCAUCAGCAAGCAGCACAAAUCCAUUUGUCUUUGGCUCUACAUCUUAUUUAGAUACCAAAGUGAUGACUGUGGUCCAGCCAGUGAAACCUGCAGUGGUAGAAGGACAACUGGUAGUGCAAGACAGACUCGAAGCAAAGGCUACUAGUUCAGUCACAGCACUACAGUCUUCAAAUGACCUCACUAGAGAGCAUGAGAAAGAAAAGGAGAAGGAAAAAGAGAAGGACAAAGAGAGUAGUAAGUUUGCUGCUUUGCAGAAGUGGCUGAAGGGUGAGGAGGGUCGUCAUACAUCAGAGAAACGAGGCUCGCCAGGAAGAGACUUGCCACCUGAAUUAGCUGGAGUAUCAGUGAAAGACCUAGUGAAGGCAAUUGGUGAGAGUCGUGCUAAUGGAAAUGGUGUUACACCCCCUGGCACUCCACGCAGAACCUCACGCAGUUCAAGUCCGAAGGCCAGUGCACCAGGAACUGUGUCACCACGCCUAAGCCGCAGCUCGAGCCCCGUUCCAAUUCCAGGUGGAAGACUGUUACCACACGAAAGUUCAAGCAGCAGUCCCCAGCCAUGUGGCUCUCCUCGUAGCAUGGGCAUCUCUUCAUUGGCAUCAGGGAUCACAGCAGAGUCCCAAUCACAUCGUCGAGGCUCGACACAGAGUGACACAAGUGCUCUGGUUAGCAGUCUCACAAGAGACCUGUCACAAUCACCAAGUGGAGCUACAACAACUGCAGGCACUGGGACAGGCACAGGAACCCGUGAUCUCUCACCGAGUCCAUCAGGCAGCUCUUUACACACACGCUCUGAAGGCAGCCCAAACAGCACACCUGGUACACCAAGAAGAAAUGAGCAGGAUUCUCUGUGUUCCACACCAAACCCUAGAGCCAUGACCCAGACUGGCACUCAAACAAGUCCAGAUAGUGGCAGUGGAAGUGGCAGUGCACCUAGUAGCAUCAAAAGCCACUUUACCAUUGGUGCCAGUGGUCGUUCUUCAAAGGAGGAACGCCUUUCUCCCAAACUUUCACGCAAAGACCGCAAUUCUGUUAGCAGCAAGAGCCGGAGUAGUAAACGUGCAAUGUCACCCGCUCCAUCACAGGUUCCUCUGGGUGCUGUUAAUCGUGAUCAUCAUCGACCAAGCUUGACACUGACCAGCAAAGAGCCAGUGAAGGAAGCUGUGAGCCCAUCAGUGGCUGAGGCAAUGCGUGCAAUUUUUGCAGCUUUCCUGUGGCAUGAAGGCAUUGUACAUGAUGCUAUGGCUUGCGCUUCUUUCUUGAAAUUUCAUCCAAGUCUGCCUAAGCAAGGUGCCUUAGUAGUAACACGGCAGCCUGUUGGAAGUGGUGGAGGAGGAGGUGCUGGUGGGCCAGGAUCAGAUGGCAGACCUAAGUCAGAGCUCACAAAAGAGCAACGAGCACGCCAAAGGCACUCUGUUGAAGUUAGCACAGCAGGGACAUAUUUACAAAUACAACCAUCCACUCUUGAAACUCUAACACGUUCUGCUGCCAAUGCUAAUGCAAAUAGGAACAGAGCCAAAAAACAACUUCAGCUGCAGCAGCAGCAGCAACAACAGCAACAACAGCCGUCGGAACCACUGCUACAAGGAGAAAACGCUAUAAAGGAGGAGACAAGUACUGUACCACCCUCGGCUACUGGAGGUGAAGGUUCAAAACUUUCAGCUCUGCCAGAAACCACAUUUCACACAGUUGCUGUCUUACCUCCAGCUCUUAAAUCACUGGUAUUUCUGUGGGAAGAAUUGAGUGCCAGUUGCCUACCUGCAUUCCAACAGCAGCUUAUGCUCCCUAGUCCAUCAAUUCCUAUACGACCAGUGAAACGACAGAUCUGUACAUCAGGUUCCGCACUGUCAAACAGGCCUACUCAUAGCAGUAGGGAAGGUCGAUCUGAUACUGAAAGAAAAGCAGGACGCAAGAAGAAUGCAUUAUCUUCAAGACUGAAUAUUCUUGGGGAUGCUGCAGUUGGUGCUGGGCCAUCAGUGGAACGUGAAACUGUUUGUGAGUUGUGUGGAAACACAUACCCACACCCAGUCACAUACCAUAUGCGCCAGGCUCACCCAGGCUGUGGUGGUCCUGCUGGAGGAAUGGGCUACAACAGUGGUGGCAACUUCUGCAUGGGAUGGGCUGGAAACUGUGGCGAUGGUGGAGUUGGUGGUAGCUCGUGGUAUCUUGUGUGUGAUACUUGUCGUGACAAAUAUCUUCGGUCUAGAAAACAAAGUAAAGAUAGAUCAAGCAGCAAGAAGGGCUGUUUGGGCCGAAGGAAGCCUGUACCAUCAACAUCAGCUCCCUCAAGACUGACAUCUCCUGCAGGCAGUAGUGGUGGUUCAAUGCAGGAGACCCAUGUUAUAAUGAAAAAUAAUGCAAUGUUUCUGCUGGAGCUAGCCAGCGCAGGAGGUACAGGCCUGCAGCAGCGUCGACCAUCAAUUGUGGGUGCAGGAAUGCCCUCAGUUGCUGAGAACUACAGCCCUCCUGAGUCAUCAGGGCCUUUUCCUCCAGCAGGGCCAUUCCAGUGUUUACAGGCUCUGGGCAUUCACCCAUCUCAUCAGCCACAAGAUGACACACCUGUGUCUUUUCUCGAAGAAUCUCUUAGAAGACAAAAUGGGGCAGUGACGGGUUUCAGUGGUGCCACAAAUGGCUUCCUUUCUGGCAGGCCUGUUUCAGAAGGUCCUCUUAGUGACAAUGAGAGUGAAAGUAGCAGAAAUCGAACAUUCCAUCGCUCUAUAUCUAUGGGUACAAAUGGAGCGCCGUGGAGUAGACGAGAAGGAGAUGGUCGCAUAAUUAUGAUGCGGAAACGUAACAACAGUAGUGGUGAAAUGAUCAGUGAUGGUGGUUCCUCAUUAUUAUGUUAUCCCUCGGCAGCACUACAAAAGUUAGUUCCUAGUAUAGAUCAGUCAGCAAUUGUGUCACUGACCAAAACAGAACAAGCAAAAGGUAGCCUUGAUCUUCUGAACCGUCCAAUCAUGAUGUUCCUGUUUCAGCAGCAUAAUCUCGAUUAUAUGCAGCUUGCAAUGAGGCAAGCUUUACGUAAAGCUACUUGCAGAGUCUAUGCAAUGCAGGCACUCAACUGGUUACUACGGACUGUAACUCAACCCACAAGUUUGCACGAUCUGCUCUGGUGGUUUGUAGCAGCCCUGACACCAGUUCCAACAGACAUGGAGAUUGAUAUGGAGGAUGAGGCCAUUCGUCUUGAUAAGAGAGAUGAAACGGACCUCCGGGGAGUGUGCGAGCAUCCUUUGAGUGACAUCAGCAUUGCAGGUGAAGCUGUCCAUCCUUUGCCAUCUACUUUUCAUACACUCCUGCAAACAAUCGCAGAUCUCAUGCUGCUGUUGCCGAUGGGUUCAGCAUUACAACAGAUGGCUGUGCGAUGCUGGGGACUGCGCUUUACUCCAGCGGACCACAUGUUUUUGCACAGGAGCCAUGUGUUCAGCAAUAUCAGCAAAAUUCUUUCCCGUUCAGAAGAAGAACAAGAUGAACUGAGUAUGAGCAUGCAUGAGAGUCACCAGUCAACAUAUUCACAGAUUACCAGCUGUGUUGAAACAUUGAAGGACUUGACUCCUAAUAUAGAAAUCAAAGCAUCAAGUCGACAAGCAAUGGUUGGAAGCUUGACAGAUAGUUCAACUGAAACAUUUUGGGAAUCAGGUGAUGAAGACAGGAACAAAACAAAGACUAUAACAGUUAUCUGUGCACAGCAUACAUAUCCCAGAAUGAUAUAUAUUCACAUAGAUAACUGCCGUGAUUUAGCUAAUAAAGUGUCAUGCGUCACAUUCCAAUCAGGACCUAAUAUGGAUGAACUCUAUAAAUUACGCCAAGUGGAAGUUGAAAAUCGUUCAACAGGAUGGGUUAGUUGUCCUGUACUUGAUGGUUGCCACUCAGUAAUAAGGCUUGAAAUGAAAGGGCCUGAUAAUUCAUUAAGACUAAGGCAAAUAAGAGUCUUAGGUGAGGUGGAUGGAGAGUCUCUCAAAAUUAGUCGACAGCAUAGUGCCUCAACAAUCCAGCAAAGAAACUGUGAAGCUGAGACCUUACGAGUAUUUAGAUUAAUUACAUCUCAGGUGUUUGGAAAACUCAUACUAGGUGAAGAAGUUGCAGUGAGAAAGGAGGGGGAGGAAAACAAUGACUUAAAGGAACAUAUGGUUGGAAUACUAUUUAGCCGCAGUAAACUGACCCACCUGCAGAGACAGGUAUGCGUGCAUAUAGUUCAAGCUAUUCGUAAAGAAGCAGUGCGAGUUCGUGAAGACUGGGAGACACUACUUUGCUCAGGCCAGCAGCAGCAUGCAAGUUCUGCAACAACUGGAGCAGCAGCUGCAAUGACAACAUCAACAACAGCAGCAACAACAAUAACAACAACAGUGACAAGUGCUGGUACUUCCAGCAAUGCCAGUAAAGAAGGUGCAAGUACCAACACAGAGGGAAGCACAAAACCAGCUGCUGAUACCUAUUGUUUUGAAAUGUUGUCAAUGGUACUGGCUCUGAGUGGUAGCAGUGUUGGCCGCAGCUACCUGGCACAUCAGUACGGUCUUCUAAGAGACUUAUUGAGUCUGCUUCAUACAGGUUCUGCACGUGUUCAGCGCCAAGUCACUUCACUACUGAGGCGUAUGCUACCUGAAGUGUCGCCAGAUGUGUUGGGCAACAUCAUGGGAGUAAGGAAGCUGCCUCCAGCUGACUUCAGUAUUGUUUCUGUUGCAAGCAAAAGUCCUGGAGACAAUGAACCACCAUUUGACAUUCACAGGAUUGGUAUACUGGAUGUGUUCCUGAGCUGUAUAGCAAAAGCACUGACUGUUCAAGUUAAGGUAAAAGGAAAAGAUUCUCUUGGAGGAAAAGGUUUGACUACUGUAACACUUGCAACAUCAAUACAUCCCCGAGACUUUGUUGGUGAUCGCUGGUGGCUGAGAGGUUGUAUUUCGAGAAAACUGGCUGAAGUCAUCAUUCAACUAAUGAAGGACAUGGCUGCUGGCAAGUUGUCAGAAGCGUGGGCUGAUGUGACAAAAGGUGCAGUGGCAGAGAAUAUUCUGAAUUUGACAAAGCUGGACGAGAAUCAGCGUGGCCCAACUGAAUGCCUACAUACUCCUACACUGUGGUUGGCGCUUGCUUCUUUGUGUGUGCUUGAUAGUGAUCAUGUUGAACGCCUUUCAUCUGGACAGUGGAGUGGUACAGCUGAUGGGCAGCCUCCACCACCAAGACCUACAUGCAGCAAUCAUGAUGAUGGGGAAACUGGGGCAAUAAUACAGUGCAACGUUUGUGGAAACCUGUGUGCUGAUUGUGAUCGAUUCCUGCAUUUGCAUCGACGUACUCGUUUGCACCAGAGACAGGUAUGCAAGGAAGAAGAAGAAGCAAUAAAGGUGGACCUCCAUGAAGGAUGUGGACGCACUAAACUGUUCUGGGUUAUGGCAUUGGCUGACUCCUGCACACUAAAGGCUAUGGUAGAAUUCCGUGAAGGAACACGUACGAAGCCAGCAGGUGUAACAUCUGGUGUAUGUCGUUUCUGUGGGGCUACUGGAAGUUCAGGCCUACUAGCAAUUGGAAAUAUCUGUGCAGAUCAAGAUUGUCAGGAACAUGCCAGGAAUGCUUGCAACAAGAUACAUGCCUGUGGUCAUAUGUGUGGUGGCAUUAAAGGAGAAACUAAAUGCCUUCCUUGCCUGCAUGGUUGUUCAUCUGAUCCCACACUGAAGCAAGAUGCUGAUGACAUGUGUAUGAUAUGCUUUACAGAAGCCCUUUCUUGUGCUCCAGCAAUACAGCUGAAAUGUGGACAUGUGUUUCACCUUCACUGCUGCCGCUGUGUAUUAAUGAAGAGAUGGUCUGGUCCUAGAAUAACAUUUGCGUUCUCACAGUGCCCAAUAUGUAAGGCCAGCAUAGAACAUUCAGUCCUGGCUGAUUUGUUGGCGCCUGUGAAGGACCUGUAUGAAGAUGUUCGCAGAAAAGCUCUUAUGAGAUUAGAGUAUGAGGGACUCCAUAAGGCAGAAGCAAUAACCAGUCCAGGAGCUCGAUUUCAUAAUGAUCCUGCUAGCUAUGCAAUGGAUAGAUAUGCAUAUUAUGUUUGCUACAAAUGCAAUAAGGCAUAUUAUGGAGGAGAAGCACGAUGCGAUGCAGAAGUGGGAGAGGAGUAUGACCCUACAGAGUUGGUCUGUGGUGCCUGCAGUGAUGUAUCUCGUGCCCAGAUGUGCCCAAAACAUGGGACAGAUUUUCUUGAGUACAAGUGCAGAUACUGUUGUUCAGUAGCUGUCUUCUUCUGCUUUGGAACUACUCAUUUCUGUAAUGCUUGCCAUGACGACUUUCAGCGUGUCACCAACAUUCCCCGUCUGGAACUCCCAUCAUGUCCUGCAGGUCCCAAGGCAAAACAGCUUGAGGGAGACGAGUGUCCACUCCACGUGAAGCAUCCACCAACUGGUGAAGAAUUUGCUUUGGGAUGUGGGGUGUGUCGAAAUGCUCACACUUUCUAACAUAAUGUCUCAUUAUAAAUCAAGAAUCAUUUAUCUAAUGCAUUCUUGACUUAAAAAAAGAAACUGCUAUAAUAUUAAAUAUGCCAACACAUAUAUUAUCUUUGUAAAGUGUGUAAUUGAGAAAGCAGUAUCUUUUAUUUUCAUAAGUAAUCACAUUGGGUCUCCAUAAACUGUUAAUGUUUUUGAUAAGUACUGAAUAGUGCAAUACUUGCCUUGCUCACAGGUCAAAACUCAUACCACGAUGUAAGCACUGAGAAUAUGUUGAUUUUACUCACAGUGUAAAUAAAUGAACCAUGCAUUAGGAGAGGUUUACAGACACUGCAGAUAGCUGUUUGAAAAAUUUGAAGGAUAUGCAAAAUACAACAAAGCCGUGAAUACUUUGACAAAAAGUAAGAAAUUUAAUGUGAUAUCCUAGAUUAUUUUGGAAGAAAUACUAAUAUAUCCUGAGUGAGGAACUGUAUGCACGUUGGCAAGAACAUUACAGAAAUAUACUCCGUAUCAUUUUAAUAGCUUUAUGCAACAAGAAACCUGAUGUCUGGGUUUUCAUUUGUGAUACAGUUUUAGUGUACUAGUUGUGAAUUUCAUGAAAUGUGUACAUAAUGACAGAUUGUAAAGUGUGCAUGAACAAGUUACCAUGUUUUACAGAGUAGUUUAUGAACUAUUGUUCCUUUUUAUUUUUUUAGCAUAUAUAAAAUGUAUUUUUUUUAUCUCUGUAACUGGAUUGAGGUCUACAUUGUAAAAAAAAUGUGCCAUACUUUCCAAUAAAUUCUUUUCAGUUAUUGAUAGAAUUUAUGAGAAUUUAUCACUGGUAAACAGCAUAACGUUGUAUGCUGUCAUGUAUGUGGAGACAGUAACAACACAUGCAGAAAUGUGUUUUUGUGUACAGAUACUUAUUUUUUAUAACCAAAUGGGUGUGCUCUUUUGGUGUACUUUCAUGCCUAGUCCAUUACCCGUAACUGUUAUCAGCCUUUUCUUGUAACGUUUUAUUGUGCUUUGUACUCAUCUUAAUAUUUUACUGUUACGAUAUCACUUGCCAAAAUUUUACACUCUUGUCUUCCCUCCCUUCCUCUUUCACAAUACUGUGUAUACCAAAAUCUUUAAGUAACUUUCUUUCUUAAAAAAAAAGCUACCUAUAAAUCUAAUGCUAAUAGGAUGUAACAACAGCAAGCAUUUGCUAUGGUACUCAUAAAGAACAAUGUAAGAAUAAAUAAAUAAUAAUUUUGGAUAGCAUAUGAUCUUGUAGUAAUGAAAAUAUUUUAUGAAAAUAUAUUUCCAGCUACUCCAAAAACUGUAUUUGCACAUUUUCAUUUUACUGGAGACUGUCAUGAUACAUAUGAUUUUGGGUGCUGUAAUCAUCGUCUAUUUCUCUGUACAUCAAGCUAGAUUUGAGGGAUUGUGAUUCAAAUCCUCUUCUGGCCCUCUAGAGUUAUGUUAUACUUAACAUGAUUAAGGUGGAAGGCGGGAUGUACUGAUUUCCUUCCCCAUUCUUGUCCAGUCCCAACCAGUGCUCUGCCUCUAAUAAUGUCGAAGGGCAUUGAGCAUGAGGCUUCUUUCAUUUUUCUUCCAUUGCAUUUCAAACCCACCAAAAUAUUGUAUACUAUGUAUUUGUUAAGUUUUUAUGCCAUCUUGGAAAAGACAAUAAAAGUGAUCAAAUAAUGUUUA